CCUGCAUCCAAUCCUUUCCCUGACUACCUAGUAUCCCCUGGUUCUGCUUAUUCGUUUAUCCCUCUGUGGUCACUAGCCUUGACUGCCUUGGAAAGCCUGUUGUGUCAGCACUCAUCGUCUUCGUCUUGGCGGAAACUACAGGCAUUAUUCUGGGGUUUGCCCACUAUCUCGCCAGAAUAUCAUACCUGGAGUUGCCAGUUGAGAUUAAUGACCGACUGGAGAUGUGUUCAACUCUGAGAUCUCAGCGAGAUAUACACCGCUAAUCACAUCUUCUAUUAUGAGUGAAAUCACUCCGGGAGAAGAUGCUGACCGCCAGAUAUGGCCAAGACUGGACUCAACUACCGCCUACAAAACAGUAGCCCUCCUUGUGCUGACUCUCGUCCUCUACAAGGCGAUCGCUAGAUCAAGGCGGUCUCACGAGCUCCCUACUUGGACAAUUCUCGAAACGGGACUUGUGGUUGCCGUCAUAACUAAAUCAGCCACCGCUCGGCGAAUCUACACCGCAAUCAGCCGGUAUGGAGGUCCUCUUCUCGGAAUAACUUCCAUCCAUCAGGUCGUUGUCGGCCUACAAGGAACAGAUCGCUUUCUCUCGCAGCCACCAACCACCCUCAGCGCAGACACUUUUCAACAAACCAUCAUGACCCGAGUUGGCGGACUAACCAACACGCCUGAGAUGAUGACCAAGUGGCACAAGACAUGGCGAAAGCUCCUCGAGCCGAUUGAACGCAUGUUUCUAAAUGAUACGCUGUCAGCUGCGGCCAUCGAACAGGCUCAAGUGGUCCAAAAAGCCCACUAUUUUGUUUCUUUCGCCGACAGCACACACGGGAUGAAGCCAUGGGAGGUUUCUGCUAAUGUGCAGCUCAUCACCCCACAAUCAGCCGAGACGGUUGGAGUGGUGGAAGCCGAUUUGCUCAAACUCACUCGCGAUUUUGGAGCCUACAUUGCCAUUCCGCUACUAUAUGGGCAUGACUUUUUGAACCGCUAUCCUAACCUCCUUGAUGACCUUUGGAGGGUAGAUGAUGACUUGCUUUUACUGUUAUUGAUAGGUGUCCCGCCUUGGGCUCCCUUUCGGACGGUGAGGAAGGGAAUGGAAUCGAGGUCACGCCUGUUGCGGGAGCUAGGGUCUCUAUACCAGCGUAUUCACCAGCACGUACAUGGACUUCCCGUCGAUUUUGAUGCCGACAUGUCAGACGUCAGCCCUGCUGCAAUGGAAAGAAGUGAAAUCUACAAUCGGACUGGCUGGACCUUUAAGGAACAAGGAGAGGGAGAUUUUGCGAUCCUGUGGGGGCAGAAUGCUAAUUUACAACCUAUGAUCUUCUGGUUCUUGACAUAUGUCUAUUCCACUCCUGGCCUCCUGGAGGAUAUUCGAAAGGAGAUAGCUCCACAUAUCAAGUUGUCACUGACCAAGCCACCUGAGCUUGUCUCCCUGGAUAAUGCAGCCUUGUACCGUGACUGUCCACUUUUGAAGUCAUGCAUUUUCGAGACCUACCGAAUGGCCAACGAGGCAACGUCUGUCCGCCAUGUCGAACGUCCUGUGACGGUCAAUGAUGGCCAACAGCGAUACGUGCUACAGCCUGGGACAUUUGUGACUGUGCCGCUCUCUCUGGACCAACGAGAUCCAUCUGUGUAUGCAAACCCAGAUCAGUUUGUUCCUACACGCUUUCUAGAGUCUGAUCCUCAAACCGGGAAUACCGUCGCGCGAUAUGGACGGCUUCGGCCAUGGGGAAUUGGAAUGCCUAGCUGCAAGGGACGUGUUUUUGCAGAGAAGGAGAUUGUGGCGGUUGGAUCGGCCAUCAUUGCUCUAUGGGACAUUAGUCCGGUAGGUGGGACUUGGGUAUUACCUACCAUGAUACCUGGGACUGGUGUGAAGAAGCCGAGUGAGGACAUUCGAGUGUCGAUUCAACGUCGGAUAUUUAAAUCAGACUAG